AUGAGGACGCUGAGGAGAGCCUUAUAUAGAGCCAUCCAGUUAUCAGCCGGAUACGACCGGCGAGUCCAGUCUGAGUCACAGCUCCCAGUCACCACGCGACACGUCACUGCCGCCACAGUCUCACCGCGUGAAGCUCGAGUCAUCAAGGUGACUGCAGCGGAGCCACGCCUCCUUUACGGAGCACUGCGGGGCGAGGGCGAGGAAAAUACACCCUUCAUGGUUAAAGCGCCUGCUCAGUCGACAUCACGUUAUAUUACUGAUACAUUGGAUAAGCAGCUGGGUGUCUCACAUGUCUUCUGUCUCUCUAAGUGGACAUAUAUCUGGGUGUCUCCCAUGUCUCCUUUCUCUUGUGAGAGCAGUGGUGCUCGUGGCGCUCAGAUAAACAUCACGCCGUCUCUCUUCCUUAUACGGCAGCAUGUGUUGAGCAGCACGGGGACGCUGCUCUUCGUCUCCGUCCUCGUUCUCAUAAAGCAGACAGACGCUGCAGCCGGUUCCUCUCACAGUGGACACCAGGGGAGGUCUCCGCUGGCCGGACGCCACGUCUCCGACCUGAGCUCACGUUUUCUCGCAGACUCAGAGUCAAAGUGUUUCUGCUGCUGGACAGAGGACAGAGCAACAGAGCGUCUGUCUCCAGAGUGUCCUGGAGCUCAGGGGACACGAUUCCCCGACGAGUCCAGAGGAGAGGACGCCGGCGCCGAGGAAGUUGAGGAGGACGUUGCCAUGGGAACAGAUACAGGGCCGGCUGCCAAACUCUGUAAAACGGAGUCUCAAACACAAGUGUCCCCGAGUAAGACAGGCAGUCAGGUGUCUCGCCAUCCAUGGAGCGCGUCCAUGAAGGACAGACAGAACUCCAGAGGGACAGACAGGACCAGCAGUGUGGACAGUGAGACGUCGGCCGACUACAGGAUACCCCCUCCACAGGUAGCCAGGAAGUCGGUCCUGGAUCAGCUGAACCACAUCCUGUUCUCUGACGAUCAGAUUCCUGAUUCAAUCAUCCUGAUCAACACCACGGACUGGCAGGGACAGUAUCUGUCCGAGCUUCUCUUCGAUCAGCCGAUCGUCUGCACCGUCUCGGCCGCCGACGUUCAGGCCGCCUUCAGCGCCAUCAUCAGCCGCAUCCAGAGAUUCUGUAACUGUAACUCGCAGACCCCGCCCACCGUGAAGGUGGCGGUGGGCGGAGAUCAGAGCUACCUGAGCACCGUCCUCUGCUGCUUCGUCGAGCAGCUGGCCAGCAAGACGCCCGAUUGGCUGAGCUACGUCCGCUUCCUCAUCCUCCCCGUCGGAGCCCACCAGCUGGCCAAGUACCUGGCCGCCCUGGACGGUAAAUUCAACAGCCUGUUCAUGGACGCCGGCUGGAGGGAGCUGUUCGCACGCGUGGAGUCUCCUCCUCUCGAUCCCGUGGGCGUGGCCAGUCGAGUGUGUCAGUAUCUGAGCGGAGCUGCUGUUUCUCACCUGUGUCCGAUCUCCGAGGCCAUGCUCACCUGCAAACACAAGAGCCCCGAAGACGACUCCUGUCAGAAGUUUGUCCCUUUCAUCGGGCUGGUGAAGGUCGGCCUCGUGGAGCAGAACUUCAGGUCCACCUCAGUUGACUCUGAUGACAUCAUACUGGGAUCUCCUCCCUCCCAAUCAGGAGCUCCAAUCAGCAUCACCUCCACCCCUCCCCCCUCCCCCUCCAUCAGCUGUCCAGGGGAGGUGAUGGGUCUGCAGGUAGACUACUGGAGCAGCCAGGCAGCAGGAGGAGGAGGAGGAGGAGGAGAGAAGAGGAGGGAGGUGGGGAUGAAGAACACGCUGAAGAGUAACUUUCGCUGCCUGCAGGUGUCGAGGCUCAGCGGAGGAGAACUGAUGAGUAUGACGGUGGUGAUGAAGGAGAAGAACAAGAAAGUCAUGUUCCUCAGUAAGAAGAUGAAGGAGAAGGAGGCGGAGUCAAGGAGUCAGAAUAUCGAAGGAAUCAGCCGACUGAUCUGCACCUCCAAACACCAACACACACUGAGAGUCUCGAUAGACGGAGUCGAGUGGAACGAUGUGAAGUUCUUCCAGCUCGCCGCUCAGUGGCCGACGCACGUCAAACACUUUCCUGUCGGGAUCUUCGGAUACAACAAACCCUGAACAACCUCCUCCUUCUCCUC